ACUGGCCAGCUAAGUCCCGCCCUCACAGGGAGUGUGGAAGCGCGGGGAGGAGGCUUAGCUGCUCGCGGUUGUUGGUCUUCCAGAGCAGUCGAGAGCAGAUCUCUGCGCGACCCAGACCUUGGCUCAGCCCGGCCCUGUCUGACCAUGGAGGCCUGGCUGCUGCUCUUCCCGAUGCUGUCGCUUCUCCUUGGCGGGGAAGGCAGGCACCUUCCGCUGGCCUCGGACCCCGCUCUGGAGGCGCCUACGCAAUUUGCGAUGGAGAUUUAUAACCGAGGCCGGGAUCCCGGGGCUGCUGCUGUGCUACAGAGCGUUCGAGGGCGGAGCCUGAAGAUGGCCCAGGGGGUGCUCUACUCCCUAGAGGUGACAUUGGCUGAGCCGCCAUGCAGCCCCCCCACCGCCUGCAAGCACCCCCAGUCUUCAGGGACCCUGCUUUGUCGCUUUGAAGUCCUGGACCAGAUGUGGGCCAAACAGACGCUGCUGGAGCAAGAUUGUGGUCAGCCUGGUGAGAAGAGAGAGCCUAGGGCGGUCGGCUCCCAGCCUCUUCCCUGGAGUUCUGACCAUCAGCCUCCUCCUGGCCUCCCAUCCAAGGCGAGGAACCAGAGCAGUCCAGAUGCGGGCUUGUUGGCUGAGCCCCACAGCUCGUCCUUGCCCAGGAUGGGUGACUCAGUGGAGCUCAUCAGUCUCUUCAAGGACUUCCUCACCACCUACAAUAAAAGCUACGCCAAUGCCACAGAGACCCAGCGGCGUCUGGGCAUCUUUGCCCGGAACCUGGAGCUGGCCCACAAGCUGCAGGAGUUGGACCAGGGCUCUGCCCAGUAUGGCGUCACCAAGUUCAGUGACCUCACAGAGGAGGAGUUUCGGAUGUUCUAUCUGAACCCUCUAUUAAGCAGCCUCCCGGGCCGGGCCCUGAGGCCAGCCCCUCGGGCCCGAGGUCCAGCCCCUGCCUCCUGGGACUGGAGGGACCACGGGGCGGUCACUGCCGUCAAGAAUCAGGGCAUGUGCGGCUCCUGCUGGGCCUUCUCCGUGACUGGCAACGUGGAGGGCCAGUGGUUUCUCCGCCGCGGGGCCCUGCUGACCCUUUCCGAGCAGGAGCUGGUGGACUGCGACACGCUGGACCAGGCCUGCGGCGGAGGCCUCCCCUCGAACGCCUACACGGCGAUCGAGACCCUGGGCGGGCUCGAGACGGAGAAGGAUUACAGUUACGAGGGGCGCAAGGAGCGCUGCAGCUUCUCCCCGGACAAGGCCAGAGCCUACAUCAACAGCUCGGUGGACCUGAGCCGCGACGAGCAAGAGAUUGCUGCCUGGCUGGCAGAGAACGGCCCUGUCUCCAUUGCUCUCAACGCCUUCGCCAUGCAGUUCUACCGCCGCGGCGUCUCCCACCCAUUCCGGCCCCUCUGCAGCCCCUGGUUCAUCGACCACGCCGUGCUGCUCGUGGGCUACGGUGACCGCUCCGGCAUCCCCUUCUGGGCCAUCAAGAACAGCUGGGGCCCUGACUGGGGCGAGGAGGGUUACUACUACUUAUAUCGGGGCGCCCGGGCCUGUGGCAUGAACACCAUGGCCAGCUCGGCCAUCGUGGACUAGAGAGCCCGCCCCGGGCCGGAAGCGGUACCAGCGGUACCCCCUCUGGGCAGGGCACUGUCGCAGCAGCCUCCUGGCCUGGCCCGGCCCAGGACUCCGACCUCUAGACUAGCGUGGUUCGUUCCUGUGACCCGGCAGGGCCGCCCAGGGCCGUCGGAGGGCGAGGUGGCGCGGCAGAGGGCUGGGGGCCCAGGUGGGGCCCCGUGAGGCGGGGCCCGGGUCUGCUCGAGGAUCUGUCCAGGAGUUGCUGCUCCAUUCCGAGCACAUGCCAGCUCCUGUGAGCUCUGAGCCUCAGUUUCCCUCUCUGUAGGAUGGUUUGGACUCUCCUUGCUCCCCUGGCUGAGAUGAAAACUGUCUGUUACAGCCGAAGGCUUGUGCCCGGCACCCUCUAGCAUCAAUAAAGUUGGGCCCCGA